ACCCCGCCGGCCCACUCUCUUCGCCCUCCCCAUUUUAAAUAAAAGCCCAGUCUGAAGUUCCUUCGCCGCGGCGCCCGCGGAUCGGUUGCCCGCAGACGGAGGAGAAGGGAACCCGGGGGCUAACAGGGGCCACCGGCGAGGGACCGCGUCACGCGUCUUCCGCGUGAUCCCGGCCCUGUUCGCGGAGUUCUGCAACACCUGGAGGAUCCGGAGCGGGUGCCUGGGGUGGUGGGGGCGGGGACAGAGGAAGCGAAAGCCACCCGGAGCCUUAAAAAAAAAGAAAAAAAAAAAAAAGUAGCGGGGUUGGGGAGAGGAAUGGGUUUCUUCUUGACAGCUGAUGGAGCCUUGAAAUUUUCCUCCACUACCUCCUCCCCCACCACCACCACCGCCCCCCGCACUCCAUUUAACGUGAGAUUAUGAAAUUGCAGAGGCGGUGGAGGAAAGGAGACAGGAUAUAACCGGGAGUUUGGAGGGGAGAGGGGAAGGUGGCUGGCCGGGUGAUUGAAAUCAAAGAUGCAAUUGCGCACUGGGUUGUGAUUAGAAAUCUAAUCAGAUCUUUGGAGAAAGGGCCGGCCGGAAGGGUGCGAGUGGGGGGAGUUGAUCCCCAAAUUCUUCGAAGGGGGUGCUGGGGAGAGGAAUCGCCCAUGUAAAAGAAGACUUAUUUUUUUGGUGGCGGUGGCGGUUGGUUGCCUUGCGAAAAUGAAGGAUGCGGGACGUAUCUCUCUCUUGGAACCGAACGCAGUGGAUAAACUGAUUGUGCAAGAGAGAAGGAAGAACGAAGCUUUUUCUUGUAAGACCUGGAUCUUAACACAAAUGUAUCUAUGUGCACCCAGGGAGCAUUGAAAAAUGAGAUAAACCGGUGUCAGACCCGCGUGGGUUGGUGUGUUCUGACAUAGAUAAAUAAUACUAAUAAAACAACUGCCCCCACCCCCUCCUCAAAAGGAUGAUUGGAAAUGGAGAACCCAGGAUCCAGAAAGAAAAAGUAUGUUCAAUAUUUUCUAUAAAGGAGAAAGUAAGCCAAGGAGAUUUUUUUUUUGGAAUGAAAAGUUUGGGGCAUUUUAAAGAAAGUAAAGACGUGAUAUGGUGGUGUUUUCCUUUCCUUUUUGAAUUUCCCACAAGACGAGAGGAAAUUAAUAAUGCAUCUGCAAAGAAAUUUCGGAGAAGAAAAGUUGACCGCGGCAGAAUGAGGCAUUGAUUGGAGUGAAACCAGCAAGGGCACAGUUGGAUUUGUGUCUAUAUUGACUAAAAUUGAUGGAUAAUUGCAGUUGGAUUUUUCUUCAUCAAUCUCCUUUUUGUUUUUUCUUUUCUGUUUUUCUUUUGGUUGUCAAGAUUAUGCGUUAUUUCUUGUUCUUUAACCACCUGGAUUUCCAUCUGGAUGUUGCUGUGAUCAGUCUGACAUACAACUGUUGAACUCCAGAAGGACCAACACCAGAUAAUUAUGAAUGUUGAACAAGAUGACCUUACAUCCACAGCAGAUAAUGAUAGGUCCUAGGUUUAACAGGGCCCUAUUUGACCCCCUGCUUGUGGUGCUGCUGGCUCUUCAACUUCUUGUGGUGGCUGGUCUGGUACGGGCUCAAACCUGCCCUUCUGUCUGCUCCUGCAGCAACCAGUUCAGCAAGGUGAUUUGUGUGUCGAAAAACCUGCGUGAGGUUCCAGAUGGCAUCUCCACCAACACAAGGCUGUUGAACCUCCAUGAGAACCUCCAGAUCAUCAAAGUGAACAGCUUCAAGCACUUGAGACACCUGGAAAUCCUACAGUUGAGUAGGAAUCACAUUAGAACAAUUGAAAUUGGGGCCUUUAAUGGUCUGACCAACCUCAACACACUGGAACUCUUUGACAAUCGUCUCACUACCAUCCCGAAUGGAGCUUUUGUAUAUUUGUCUAAGCUGAAGGAGCUUUGGUUGCGCAACAACCCCAUCGAAAGCAUCCCUUCUUAUGCUUUUAACAGAAUCCCUUCUUUGCGCCUAGACCUGGGGGAAUUGAAAAGGCUUUCAUACAUCUCAGAAGGUGCCUUUGAAGGUCUGUCCAACUUGAGGUAUUUGAACCUUGCCAUGUGCAACCUCCGGGAAAUUCCUAACCUCACACCGCUCAUAAAACUGGAUGAGCUGGAUCUUUCUGGGAAUCAUUUGUCUGCCAUCAGGCCUGGCUCUUUCCAGGGGUUGAUGCACCUUCAGAAACUGUGGAUGAUCCAGUCCCAGAUUCAAGUGAUUGAACGGAAUGCCUUUGAUAACCUUCAGUCACUAGUGGAGAUCAACCUGGCACACAACAAUCUUACAUUACUACUGCCUCAUGACCUCUUCACGCCCUUGCAUCAUCUAGAGCGGAUACAUUUACAUCACAACCCUUGGAACUGUAACUGUGACAUACUCUGGCUCAGCUGGUGGAUAAAGGACAUGGCUCCCUCCAAUACAGCUUGCUGCGCCCGGUGUAACACCCCUCCCAAUCUGAAAGGGAGGUACAUCGGGGAGCUCGACCAGAAUUAUUUCACAUGCUAUGCUCCUGUGAUCGUGGAGCCCCCAGCAGACCUCAAUGUCACUGAAGGCAUGGCAGCUGAGCUGAAAUGCCGGGCCUCCACGUCCCUGACCUCCGUAUCUUGGAUUACUCCAAAUGGAACAGUCAUGACUCAUGGGGCGUACAAAGUACGGAUAGCUGUGCUCAGCGAUGGCACGUUAAAUUUCACAAAUGUGACCGUGCAAGAUACAGGCAUGUACACAUGUAUGGUGAGUAAUUCUGUUGGAAAUACCACUGCUUCAGCCACCCUGAAUGUUACUGCAGCCACCACCACUCCCUUCUCUUACUUCUCCACCGUCACAGUAGAGACUAUGGAACCUUCUCAGGAUGAGGCACGGACCACAGAUAACAACGUGGGCCCCACCCCAGUGACCGAUUGGGAGCCCACCAAUGUGACCACCUCUCUCACGCCACAGAGCACAAGGUCGACAGAAAAGACAUUCACCAUCCCAGUGACUGAUAUCAACAGUGUUCCAGGAAUUGAUGAGGUCAUGAAAACAACCACAUCAAUUGGCUGUUUUGUGGCCAUCACACUCAUGGCUGCGGUGAUGUUGGUCAUUUUCUACAAGAUGAGGAAGCAGCACCAUCCAAACCAUCACCCCCCAACAAGGACUGUUGAAAUCAUUAAUGUGGAUGAUGAGAUUACAGGGACAACCCCCAUGGAAAGCCACCUGCCCAUGCCUGCUAUCGAGCAUGAGCACUUAAAUCACUAUAACUCUUACAAAUCUCCCUUCAACCACACAACAACAGUUAACACAAUAAAUUCAAUACACAGUUCAGUGCAUGAACCGUUAUUGAUCCGAAUGAACUCUAAAGACAAUGUACAAGAGACUCAAAUCUAAAACAUUUAGAGUUACAGGAAACAAUCAAAAAAAGACAGUUUAUUAAAAAUGACAUAAAUGACUGGGCUAAAUCUACUGUUUCAAAAAGUGUCUUUACAAAAAAAAAACAAAAAAGAAAAGAAAUUUAUUUAUUAAAAAUUCUAUUGUGAUCUAAAGCAGACAAAAUUAUGUGUAUUCCUCAGAACCUGUUUUUGCUGCACUUAUUUACUAUUUCCCACCUCUCAUCCCUCCCUUCCCCGAUUGCCAUAUUUUUCAUAGAGAUCUCAAUUCCCUAAAGAACUGGUCUAGGAAAUUUUGUAAGAAUUCUGUUACACUUUGAGAUUUUUAUGGUGAAUUCUAGUGGUGAGAUCCGGUCUAUUUUGUCUCUCUUUUUUUUUCUUUUUUUUUUUCUCAUGCCCUUAUGAAGUAGUCCAAUGAGGAAUGCAAUAUUAGAAAUAGAUUUUUAAGAGAGAACAAGGGGAAAAAAUGCAAGAUCUUAUAUUUUUCAUGUAAUGACCUGUUCUGUAUUUAUGAAGAGGACCAUUCUAUGGAAAAGAAAAAAAAAGAAGAAAAAAGAAAAAAGUAAACAAACAGAUCAAUUUACGUAUGAGUACUUAUAAAACCCAUGAUCUUUUAAACAACUCUAGAACCAGAAUUUGUAGUUCAAAAGCUAAAAACUAAGAUUAUAAAUAAAAUAUUGUUGGUUUUUCUGUACCUGGACACAGCUCAUUUGUAGUAUGGCUUAAAUGUGAGAAGCUUGAGGGUGAUUAGAUUUCCUCCUUUCUAAGAAAGAAUACUACAGUAAUCUUCAGUCAUGGUGUUAAUUUCUGCAGGGUCCUAUUUUGUUAAGUGACUUGAGUUUUGGAUCUAUAUUCAAAGAUGCUGGGGUACUUUUUCCUCCUCAUUAGGGAUGCCCUUUGUAGAAUGCUAAGAUUUUUUAAAAUAACAAUUCUGUGAAGUAAAUUCAAUUCCACUUGGAAGAAAGUUUUGGUAUAAUUUUUUUUUCUCCUAAAUAAAAUUGCAUUGGCUAGAUGAAGUAGAACCACAGAAUGUGAAGGUAUACUAAAUUAUUCACAGCGGAAAAAUAACUUUUUGUGCUGGGUGUCAGCAGAUUCAGUUCAAUUCAACAAUAAUUAUUAAGACUUACUAUGUGCUAAACAAUGAUUUUAGUAUUGUGGGUUAUAUAAUUGACAAGACCUGGCUUCUGCCCUUGAAUCAAUCACAGUCUGUAUGAAAAAUGAUUAAAGAAAUUAAUCUCGGUUCAUUACCGGGGGACCAGCUCUAAUUUUACUAUUAGAUGGAAGAACCUGAACUGGGACUCUGGAGUUUCAGAAAAACAGGUUACUGUGAGUACGGCAGCCUCCCUUAUUCAUGGUUUCUUCCAUCUUUCUGGAAGAGCUCUUUUCUGAAUACAGAAUUGUAGAGCUGAAAAGAAAUGUGGAUAGGUGUUUGCUCUUACUGAUAAGUGCAUACCUGGAGGUAGCAAUGUUAAUACAGUGGUAAUUCAUGAAGAGUAUUUUCUAAGGAACUAGUUAAAUAAAGAAUUUUAGGUAAAAGAAAAUAUACUAGCUCUCAGACAAAAAAGGGAACAUGCUGGUUGUCACCAUCUCUAUACUUUCCUGAUAUUUUAAUGCAUCUUGUGUGUGUUUUCUAUCUUUAUGUGAAGCCAAGUGAAAAAUACAUCUCUUCUUACUGCUCCUUGAAAACUGCCACCUUGUUGGCAAAAAGAGGACUCAUCAAGCUGGAGAAAAGUUCAGCUCCUAAUGGAUGACCAGCUUGGACACUCACAUUUACCUCUUCGGGCUGAAACUCAUGCCAGGACUUUUGGUCUCCAGAUAUGAAAAACCAGUUAUUACUGGUGAAGUAGAUCAGAGAAAUAAAAUGGGAGGAAGAGGUAGCAAAUGAAUGAGAGCACACAAUGAGAUCACAUAAGAGCUUUGCUGCUUUUCUUCUGUCCCCAAUUCUCUAACGGCUUUUUCCUUUCUUCAUGUUUUACCUCCCUUUGUGAGGAACACACUUCACAUUUACUUUUUCUGUGGAGAAGCCUCAGGAAAAGGGAAAACACAUAUUAGCUGUUAUUUGUCAAGUUAUUCAGUAUCAAGUAUAUGGUACUGCAGAUCACCAAGCAAAACAAAAAAUAAAACAAACAACAACAACAACAACAACAACAACAAAAACAGGAAGAAAUACCUCUGCAAUGGCAAGCAAAGGCUAGCACAAAGAAGAGUGGUAUACAUCAGGAGGAAAAUGAAUCCUGCUGUCUCUUCUUGGUUUGUGCUCGCUGAGCUCUGAUUAUCGUCACUGACUCUGAACCUCCCUUCACUUUGAGCUUAUAAUUCUCAUGGGGUUAGUCUCAGCACGCAACUCCUCUCGGAUGGGAGGGGUGGCUGAGCAGUUAGAUAAAUUCUACUAUAUAGAAUGCAAGAUGAGUGUGAACUGAAAAUUACAUUAGAAACUAAAGCAUACAUUUUAGUCCCCUAGGAGAUGAUAGUUACUGUAAUGACUAUAUUUAAGAAAAAAAUUAUUGAUGGAAGGUUUGCAGAAGCCAAACUUGACUUCCACAGUAAAUUUAGAAACUCUUUUAAUAAAAGGACUUGGUUGCAGGUUUUGUGGUUAAGGUUGGAGUGCUGUAAAUGUAUCAUUUAAGAAAGCUAAAAUGAAUUCUAAAUGUUUUCUGAUUAGCAGUAUAUAUACAUUUGCCCUGCAUAAUUUUCUUGGCCCAGUAUAGUAGACUGCACUUUUAUGUUGUGGACUUACUCAGUUAAACAAAAGCCCAUGUGACCAUUUAAAUAUCUGGUCAUCCUCGUGGCGAAACACUAUUCUUUAUCCACCACUCUUCUUAUUGUGUACAAAGGCAACCAGCUGACAUAUUUCUGAAACCUUCACAUGCAUCAAAACAACAACAACAACAACAACAAAAAAUGCUGCUCUGAAUUAACCAAGUUAAGCUAACCCAAUAAGAAUUUAUAUAUUUUUUCCUACUAAUGUAUUCAAUUUACUUCAUGGAACAUCCAAGAUGCUUUGGAAAAAAGAU